AUCCUUUCAAAAGCUUUCCUCAAGUGCUUAAAUGUUCUUCCUUCUCCAUGGAUUUGACAACAACAUCAUCUAUAUAAAUCUCCAUGAAGUGGCCAAUCAUGUCAUGGAAAAUUGCAUUCAUGGCCUACUAGUGCAAAAAGGGGAAAUUCAAGAAGGAAAUGGGAAAGGAAACUCGAGAAAGGACUCAAUUGAAGAAAUCAAAAGGUGGAGGGGGGGAAAUAAAGAAAUUGGAUCUGGAAACUUCUUCCCCAAUCCCACACACCCGAACCUUGCCCUGCUCCACGCCCCUUUGCUCGCCUGCGCCCCUGCACUGCCGCCCCCCCCACACACCGCGAACCAGCCCUGCUCAACGCCCCCUGCUCUGCACCGAUCCUGCUCCACGCCCCCUGCUCUGCACCGAUCCUGCUCCACGCCCUCGCCUGCACCAACCCUGCUGCCGCCAACCUGCGCCUCUGCCAUCAUUGGCCAUCAUGCUCCUACACCCCCCUUGUGCAUGCCUACGUUCCCUUGCCCUUGCACGCCUGCACCCUCCUCUGCGCCCCCUGUUGCUGCACGCCUGCGCCUCUACCGCUGCACCGUUGCUUGCACGCCUGCACUCUGUGCCAGCAUCAUGACCCUGCACCGAGCCUUGCUGCACCCCUGCUGCUCUGCCUCUGCACGCUACAGCAGCUCCAGACAAAUUAGCAUUAUUAUUGAUUGACAGAGCAAGGCUUUUUUAUUAUUGUUAUCUUUAUUUUUAUCAUUUAUUCGGGUAUAUAUAUAGAGAUAAAUCAGAUUGAAAAGGGGGGUUCUUUGGUUGAUUUCUGGAUCUGAUUUUUGAACUCUCGUCUGGGUUUUCGAAGAGUAGAAAAGGGAGAGUUUUUUUGGAGUUUGAUUUUGGGGACUUUGCUGGUUGAUUUUCGGGUUCCUUUUGGAGCUGAGAGGGGUCUUUUGUUUGGUGGUUCUGGUGUUGACGGUUGAGGAGUCUUUUUUUUUUUGUUUUUUUUUUUUGUGGUUCUGGUGUUGCCGGCGGAGGAAAGGAAAAGUUUUCUGUUGAAAGAGGGCUCGGUUUUUGUACCGGAGGUUAACGGUGACUGAAAAAAGGGCUUAUUUGCUGUGUCUGCUCUGUUUAGGUAAAUUUUUAAGCAGAGGGGUCUUCUGGGAACGGUGGUGAAGGGGACGACGAGAGCCUGGUCCCGUGGGUGGGAUCCCUCUCAUCAGAUCCGGAUCUAUCUUCCUAGAAAAAUUCCGUCGUGGGUGUCUCUGUAUUUUCUUAGAUUCAAUGUUUAAGUUUGUAUACAUUUACUGAAAAAAUGAAUGAAAAAUCAAAAAAAAA